UUUCUUUCUUUCAUUUACCUUUUUUUUGAGGGGGGAGGGAAGUAAGUACCAACAUAACUGAAUUAACUAAAGUAAAAGUCAAGAUCUGUGCAUCAGCCCCCUUUUCCUUAGAUCAGCUCUGGAAUCCAGCCCUUUCUUCCUUCUGAUUAUCUCAUAUUGUCAGCUAUGGCUUGUUUUGGCUGCACACAACCAGCUUAUUGUCAACUCAGUUGGCUCACACUGUGAAUUUCUGAGCAACACAAGACUAUGGCCAUGGCACAAAAAAUGUGUUUAAAAAAGAAGUUUUUCUUUUCUGCAGUAUAUGACUACUUUAUGAUACUUGGUAAUAGUAACCUUUAGCAGGUUUCUCCAUCCUUUGGAUUUGUGGUUAUUAGACCAGUCAGCACUUAAAGACCCCAGCUUCCUCCGCUUCCCUUUUUCAGCCGCGUCUCUUUGUCUGUCUCGUGUACUUGUUUAGUGCCUCUCAGAGAUUAAAGCUUUUCCUGCUUUAAACAGGUGUCACUGAGCCAGGCAGGCCUCCAAGAGACAAACAGCGUUAUAUCAGUUGGCCCAUCUGCGACUUUCCGACUCCAGACAAUCCCAUUGCUCAUCAGUAACCGCUGCAGGUUAUUGAAUUACACCAUCUCGAUUUUAAAGGGCAAUCCUGUUUUCUGUAAACAGUGAACACACCAAGCUGGCUAAGAGCUGCAGCUCUGAUCAAGAGUCUUUGUGUUAUCCCAUCUACUGUUAAUUGAUCAUGGUAUCUUGGAGUUGUAAUGGGAAAAGAAAGCUACGUGUCCUUUAUACAGUACAACAUACUGAGUGUAUUCACACUCAUCAAAGCAAAGAGGAGGUCAUUGUUAACUAGCAGUUUUAACUGCUGGUUGCACAUGUGGGCCCAGUGUUCCCAGGCCUGGUUGAGACAGGCAGUGGAAUCUGGAGGAGGGGCAGGCAGAUUACAAGAACAAAGUGUGAAACACUCCAUGUUUAGACGUGAAGAUGUUUUGCUGUGAGGCUGUCCUUUCUGGAAUAUCUCUCUCUCUUUUUUUCCUUUAAUUUAGUACGGUUUAUCCAGUUAUCUUUAUCUGGAAAAUUAUAGUGUUUGACAUGUGAGGUUUUUUUUCAUGGUCUCACUCUCACUGCCUUCAUUCAAUUUGUGUAAAAUGGCUGUUGAGCUCAUAGCCUUCUAUUAAUGGGGGCAGAUAAUAAAUACAGACCAGUAGUGCUAGUUUUUUCCUCAUUCAAUAUGGCAGCCAUCUUUAAAUCAUGUCUAGCUGUAUAAAAAGCAAUUUUGUUAAUAAGCUGGCCAGUUUAAUAUAUUUUUAUAUGCAAAGUAACUUACAGGUCAAUGUAUACUUCUGUAGCUUUAAACAAAAUAAUCUGAUCAGAGAUCACACCAGAAGAUGUAUAUUUCCAUAACACUGUAUGUAUGUGCAAUUUUUAUUUUUUUUUCACAGUCCUUGCUUUGUCUUUAUUUUGCCUCUUGCUGGUAUUGUUUAUAUUAAACUCUGAAAAUGUUUGGGUCAUAGGCUGGAAAGAUUUCAGGUAUAUUGUGCUGAAUGUAGGCUUCAUCAGACAUUCAUGAAAAGGUAGACAGACAUUAUCAAUCUCUCCUCUCCCUCUGUGAUUUCAUGUUAGGCUGCGGGGGUAGACUCCAUUCCGAUCACAUCUGAAAUUUGCAUCCCUAAGUAAAUAAGUAAAUAAAUCAAGUGCAAGCAGUGAAUGUGCUAAUCAGCCAGGACAUGGCAGUGAGCUUGGUGCCGGGAAACUUUGCUCAUGUAAUAUUCAGUACCGGUGGGUUAAAGGGCAGCCCAGAGUUAUUGGUUUCAGCCCGACUGCCCUCUUUAAUCAAUGUUGGCUGCAUCCCUUUAAUAAAAUUAUUAGCUCAGCAGUAUCUUGCGCUAUCAUUUUAUCUCUUCUGUGCUCUAAAUUGCAGCCUGUCUUGGGCCUCUCAGAUGCUCGGGGCAUGGCCAGCUCCCGAAAGCUCAGUUCCCAUUUAUUAUUUCAGAGGGGGAUGAUAACUGGAGUGUUUGAAAGCAGGCUUAAAUGUAGAGGUUAUUGGAUGCAUGCUCUACACUGCUGCAGCUGCAAGAAAGUUUGACUGCAGCUUAUAUGUUUUGUGAUAACCUAGUAAUAACAGAAAACACUACCUGGCUCUCAUUGCAAACAUUUGAAAUCCUUCACUAUUUAAGCUAUUAACAAUGUUUUAGUUCAAGAUGUUUUGUAAACAACACAUAAUUAAUUUACCCAGUUGUGUAAUUUCACAAUCAAUCUAUAGAUGGAUUCUCAAUAGGUAAUUAACAUGCAUUUAGUCUACAAAGUUAUUCUGACUCCAAAGUAAUCACUGGCAAUUGUUGGUGUCAAAGAUUAUAAGAUCAGAAUUGUUGCUUUAGAAGGUAAAGAAAAAAUACACCUCGGUCACAGGUAGCUGAACCAUGAACAGCUUAUGAACGCUUGUCCUAGGUAUUGAUUGUUUUCAAGGACCUAAUCUAUGGCAAUGAGCAGGAUGUCAGAAUUCAAGUUUUUUCUCAUAUUUUUUUUCUUCCAAUAUAUUUAAUUUAUUUUGUUUUCCAAGUGUCUCUCCUUCCCUCUACAUAUGUUAUUUUUCCACACUAAGCACAAUUAUUUCAAAGAUGUAGGUAUCUGUUUCUAAGUAUGUUGUGGCAUAUUAUAAAUCUAAUGUGUUUCUUUGGAUUAUGUUAUGUGUACUAAUAUUUCAUUUGUGUCUUUGCAGGCCUAGAUGCAAUGAACGCCUCAUGUAGGCAUCAGCAUGGACAGCUGUGAGUCUCCCGUGGCAUCUGGGGCAGACGAUGGGCUUGGCUCCUCCCAGCAGCAACCACCACAGCCCUGGAACGAUCACUCAAACUCACAGGUCAAUUGUACCAACCAGGCCCCUUCCCUGGAUGCCCUAUCUCUCUCUUCUCCCUAUCCUUCUCAACCUCAAAACUCCAUUGCGCCUCAUGACGGGGUGAGAGAACUUCAGUCACAGCAGCAGCCAAAACAAACACCAUCACACGUGCAUCGUGAUAUUGCUGCCAUUGGCCAACUGCGUUCCAGGGGUGAGGAUCUAGAGGCAGUGGAGCAGGACGGAGGGAGUUGUGCAGAAGAGGAAGAAUCUGAGGACUUGGAUGAAAUGGAAAUUGACAGCUGUUUCCCAAGUCUUCAGCCCUUUCCAGGCAUGUCGAUGGCAUCAAGCAGUGGGGUCAUGCCCACUCUUCUUCGACAUCAGACUGCACAACAGCAGGGACCACCUGAAAGUGGGAGUGAGGAAGGAGAAGAGGACGAGGAAGAAGAGAGCAGUGAUGUGGAAAACUUGGCUGGAGAGAUAGUCUAUCAGCCUGAUGGGUCAGCCUACAUUGUAGAGAGCCUAAGUCAGUUGAUCCAAAGUAGUGGAGGCAUGGUACCGGGCCUGCUCUCUACAAACUCUCUCACAAGUGGCGGAAAACAGGGGGAACCUGCUGGGAAUUCUUCCUCGGUCUACCCACAGAUCAUCAACACUUUCCACAUAGCUUCGUCUUUUGGAAAGUGGUUUGGCAACUCAGACCAAGGUUUUCCCAAUACCUCAACAAUGGCAGGCCUCAGCCCUGUCCUGCACAGUUUCCGUGUCUUCGAUGUGCGGCACAAAAGCAACAAUGAAUACCUAAACAGUGAUGGGUCUGCCAAGAAGUCCUGUGUAUCCAAAGAUGUUCCCAACAACGUGGAUUUCUCCAAAUUUGAUGGACUUGCCCUUUAUGGCAAGGGUAAGCCCAUUCUCAUGUGUUUCCUCUGCAAGUUGUCCUUUGGCUAUGCCCGUUCCUUUGCUACUCAUGCUGUCCAUGAUCACCGUAUGACACUGUGUGAGGAAGAAAGGCGGCUGCUCGGGGACAAGCAUGCUUCUGCCAUCAUCCAGGGCAUUGGGAAGGACAAAGAGCCCCUCAUUAGCUUCUUGGAACCAAAAAAUAAGAGCACUCCUCUGCCACCUGCCCUGCUGCCCAUGAACUCUGGACAGAGCUUUUAUGGCACAUUUAGUGGUGUCCAUUUGGAUCUUGGAGGCAGCAGUGGAGGCAGUGAGACCCUUGUGAACAAAGAUUCUGAGUCCAGUCUCCAACUACAGCACCAGCAACAAGGCCCCCUUGGUUCUGUCCUUUCUCUUGGUGCGCUAAGCAUUCCCAAAGCAUCCACUCUUACCUCAUCCCCAGGCCCUGCCAAAGACUCCAGUGCCCUGCCCAAACAGGGGGGCAAAACAGAGGAGCCUGUGAGGAAAGAGUUGGUGUGUCAGAGAGAGGGUGAGAACAUUGAGGGACAUGAAAACAAGGUGCAGCUAUCCAGCCAGAUGGUGGGCUCGGAAGAAGAGGAGGAACUGGUAUUAGGAGAGGAAGAUGAUGACAUGGAGGCAGAAAGUACAGCAACUGCCUGUGGUGGUAACGGUAGCAGUGGUGGGUCUGAGGCGGGGGAACCAGCUGUCUCAAACCAAAGCAUUUCCAAAUCUCCUUUAUUAAUGCCUAGUAGCACUCUCCAGCCUUCUGCCUGCACCGCUGCAGUCAGUUCCACACUCAACAGCAAAGCCCCUGCUUCCAUUUCAUCCUCUGUAAAGGAAGAGGGUUCGCUUUCGGAGAGUGGGGGAAGGACGUCAGAUCUCCCUUUGAGCUUUAACUGCCAGGGACCAGUUGCUCCCUUGGCUAUGGCAGCAGAUGCUGUCAGAAGGAGUGAGGAUGACACUGCUGGCACUUCAUCCUCUCCUCUGUCCUCCAAUGCUGCUGCUGAUGAAAGUGCCAAUCGAGAUAGUGCCACAGCUCCAGAACCAAAUGAUUGCCCAGCAGAAGGAGACGAGGACAAUGGAACUCUUCUGCAUCAUCAUCAUAUGCACCACCAUCAUCAUCACCUCCAUCCUUCAUCUCAUGGUCACUCCCUCACCCUCCCAGGGGGCUCAUGUGAUUCAGCUGGAAUGGGUGAGUGUUCACAGAACCAUGGUCCCGGUGGGAGUGGAGGAAGUGGUGUGGAGUGCCCCAAGUGUGACACCGUUUUGGGUUCAUCACGCUCCUUGGGUGGUCAUAUGACCAUGAUGCAUUCGCGUAACUCAUGCAAGACACUGAAGUGUCCAAAAUGCAACUGGCACUACAAGUACCAGCAGACAUUGGAGGCACACAUGAAAGAGAAACACCCAGACUCCGGAGGCUCCUGUGUGUAUUGCAGCAGCGGUCAGAGCCAUCCUCGUCUGGCUCGUGGAGAAAGCUACACCUGUGGAUACAAGCCCUUCCGCUGUGAGGUGUGUAACUACUCCACUACCACAAAAGGCAACCUAAGCAUUCACAUGCAGUCAGAUAAACACUUAAACAACAUGCAGACACUGCAGAAUGGAGGCUCCAUUGGCUCUACACAAGAGCAAGUUUAUGGACAUACCCCAGGAGGGGUGGUAACUGUCCCCUCAGUCACCCAGGCCAGUAGCCAUCACCCUCCUCAUCAACAUCCAACGCAGUCCUCCACCCAUAUGCCUGUACCUUGUGGAGCCCCUUCGCCAACUAAACCGAAGAGUAAACCUACUUGGCGAUGUGAGGUUUGUGACUAUGAAACAAAUGUGGCACGGAACCUGCGCAUUCACAUGACUAGUGAGAAGCACAUGCACAACAUGAUGCUCCUCCAGCAGAAUGUGACUCAGAUGCAGCAUGGACGACUUGGCUUGGGAGCUAUGCCAUCCCCUUCUGAAGCUGAGCUUUACCAGUAUUAUUUAACACAGAAUAUGAGCCUUCCACCAGGCCUCAAGAUAGACACAGCUGGACCCGAGGCCCAGUUCCUGAUGGGAAGCUUUCAUCUAGAUCCUAGCAUGGCGGCUUUGGCCCCAGCACUUGUAGGUGGGGAAAUCCCAAUGGAUGUGCGGCUAGGUGGUGGACAGUUGGUGUCUGAGGAACUGAUGACCCUUGGAGAAAGUCUAUCACAAACCACAGACCCGACAUUGAAACUCUUUCAGUGCGCCGUUUGUAACCGCUUCACCACUGACAACCUGGAUGUGCUUGGCAUGCAUAUGGGAGCUGAGCGCACCCUGCCUGAGGAGGAGUGGCGUGCAGUGGUGGGAGACUCUCAUCAAUGCAAGUUAUGCCAUUACACCACUCAACUAAAGGCCAACUUCCAACUGCACUGCAAAACAGACAAGCAUGUGCAAAAGUACCAGCUUGUGGCCCACAUCAAAGAAGGGGGCAAAGGCAAUGAAUGGCGGCUAAAAUGCGUGGCCAUAGGCAACCCAGUGCAUCUAAAGUGUAAUGCUUGCGACUACUACACCAACAGCCUGGAAAAGCUGAGGAUGCACACUGUCAAUUCUCGUCAUGAAGCAAGCCUCAAACUAUAUAAGCACCUGCAGCAGCACGAAAACGCAGUGGAGGGCGAUGCCUGCUACUACCAUUGCGUGCUCUGCAACUACUCAACCAAGGCCAAGCUCAACCUCAUCCAGCAUGUGCGCUCCAUGAAGCACCAACGCAGUGAGAGCCUCAGGAAGCUUCAGCGCCUGCAGAAGGGCCUUCCAGAGGAGGAAGAGGAUCUCAGCUCCAUCUUUACCAUCCGCAAAUGCCCUUCUUCAGAUACAGGAGAGCUGAGCGAGGAUGUGGAGGCUGCGAGUGAGACCACCACAGACCAGGAGGACCAAACCAAAGACAGAGAAAGUGGGGGGGAGAAGGAUCUCACCAAAGGGACAGCUUUAUCCAGCCACACAGAACGGCACCUGUCGGACUCACCAAAUUCUUCAAAGAGGCCUUCUUCACGGUCAGGAACUUCAGAGAGCGCGCUGUCCUCGAAGCGUCCCAGGACAGCUGAGAAGGGGGCUGCUGAGCAGAUGUACCAGUGCCCCUACUGCAAGUUCACCAACACGGAUCUGAACCGUCUCAGAAUGCACGUGAUGACACAGCACUCUGUUCAGCCGAUGCUUCGCUGCCCGUUAUGCCAGGACAUGCUCAACAACAAAAUCCACCUGCAGUUUCACCUGACUCAUCUCCACAGUGUGGCUCCUGACUGUGUCGACAAGCUGAUUGCAACAGUGACAGCUACUGAAGCUUUACCAGCAACUAUGUUCAUACCUGUGCCCAGUCCAGACAGAGAGUCCCGGAGCACUCCGCAGGCAACAGCCAACUCCAGUAUAGAAGAUUUAAAGAAGCAAACUGAUGCAGCAGAUGCUGAUCUGGAGAAGGGGGUGUCCCUCCCCACAGAUACUGCUGAAGCUCAAAAAACACCUCUAGAGGAUCCACAGUUGGAGGAUGCCACUGGAUUUCUGUGCUGGAAAAAGGGCUGCAAUCAAGUGUUCAAAUCCUCAAACUCUCUCCAAAUGCACUUCAAUGAAGUUCACAACAAAAGAUCUCAACUGCCGGUGUCAGAUCGGCACGUCUACAAGUAUCGUUGUAACCAGUGCAGCCUGGCCUUCAAGACCAUAGAGAAACUACAGCUCCAUUCGCAGUACCAUGUGAUAAGAGCGGCUACCAUGUGCUGCCUUUGCCAGCGGAGCUUUAGAACUCUGCAGGCCUUGAAGAAGCAUUUGGAAACCAGUCACUUGGAACUAAGUGAAGCUGAUAUCCAGCAAUUAUAUGGAGGAUUAUUGAUGAAUGGUGACAUUAUGGUUUUGGGUGAUCCAGCCCUGGGUGAGGAGCAUGGAGGUCUGGGAGAAGACGAAAAGGAGGGAGAUGACAGUGACCAAGAAGACAAACAAAGUCCAACGGGCAGUGACACCGGCUCACUACAGGAAGACUCUGGAUCUGAACCUAAACGCGCCCUGCCGUUCAGAAAGGGGCCCAACUUUACAAUGGAAAAGUUCUUGGACCCGUCUCGUCCUUUCAAGUGCACCGUAUGCAAAGAAUCUUUCACACAAAAGAACAUUCUGCUGGUUCACUAUAACUCUGUCUCCCAUCUUCACAAAGUGAAACGGGCCCUUCAAGAAUCUACCACUGGCCAACCUGAACCUACAAGUAGUCCUGACAACAAGCCAUUCAAGUGUAGUACAUGCAAUGUGGCAUAUAGUCAGAGUUCCACUCUGGAAAUCCACAUGCGCUCUGUUCUACACCAGACCAAGGCGAGGGCAGCCAAGCUGGAGGCAGCAGGAGGGAUUACUAGCUCUGCAAGCACCACUGGUCCAAGCGGUGGAGGGUCCAAUAUUAGCACUUCAACCCCUAGCCCAAGCCCAGCAAGUAACUCAGCAACUAGCUCUACGAGCCACAGCUCUUCUGCCCCUCAGACAGCUCAGAGUAUUCACAUGAACCAAUCUCAUAGCAUUGAAAACAUUGGGAAUUCUUCCUCAACCUGCCGUUCCUCCCCAUCAGAAAACCAUGAAGCAAAAAAGUCUAAAUUUACAGAGAUUCUCUCUGCUCGGGGGCAACAGCAACAGCAACAGCUCCAGCAACAGCAGCAAUUGGCCCAAGCGCAAGCCCAAGCGCAAGCCCAGCUUCAGCAAGAGCUUCAACAACAAGCGGCACUUCUGCAAUCCCAGCUGUUCAAUCCAGCACUUUUACAGCAUUUUCCAAUGCCAACCGAUGCGCUUUUACCACUGCAACAGCAGCAGUUGCUGUUUCCUUUCUAUAUUCCUGGAGCAGAAUUUCAGCUCAACCCAGAAAUUAACAUCAACAAUUCAGCACUUGGCCUAACAGGAUCUUCCACCUCUUCCCUACUGGAAGACCUAAAGAACUCUGCCCAGCAGGCUCAACAGAGUUGCUUGCAGCAGCAGUUGAUGCACCACCACCUGCAGCAGCAACAGCAACAACCACAUCAACAACAGAAGCAACAACAGCAGCAGAGUCAGGCACAAGUUCAAGCCCAGAUGGGGUUACUACACCAGAGUGCAUCCCUCCUCCAGCAGGCUGAAAAGAAACACAAACACAUGAAUGAAAAGGACAGAGAAAUACAAAAGGAAAAGGAUACAACAGAAAAACACGAGGACUGUCUAAACAAAGACACUUCAGAAACCAAGUCAAAAGAAAAAAAGGACAUUCAGCACAUUUCAAUAAGUAUUAACCAAGACACAGGCUUAAUUCCACCAAGGAUUGCUUCUGAUGCUCGAGGAAAUGCAACUAAAGCCUUGCUGGAAAAUUUUGGAUUUGAGCUAGUGAUUCAGUACAAUGAAAACAAACAGAAAGCUCAAAAGAAGUCAGCUGUCCCCGCUGGAUCAAGUGGUCCAGGAGGAAUAACACGAGUGGUGGACCCUAUUGAGGGUUUGGAGAAACUGGAAUGUGAAACCUGCGGGAAGCUGUUUUCAAACAUACUGAUUCUGAAGAGUCACCAAGAGCACAUCCAUCAAGCUUUCUUUCCUUUCCAAUCCCUUGAGAGAUUUGCUAAGGAGUACAGAGACUAUUAUGACAAACUCUAUCCACUGAGACCUCCUACACCAGAGGCAGCUCCAGCUCCUCCAGCUCCUCCUCCUCCGCCUCCUCCUCAACCGCAAAGAGUUCCUACACCAAAUAUUCCAGUUUCUGUUGCCUCACUCACACCUCCUACUGUACCAACCUCGCAAGCCCCAGUUCAAAUGACCCAAAUACCAAUGCCGAUGGAUUUACCCCUCUUCUCACCCCUCAUGAUGCAACCGAUGCCUCUACAAUCUUUGUCUUCUCAGCUACCACAAUUACAAUCAGUUGAGCCUAGCUUGGCAUCUGAUCUGGCUCAGCUUUACCAACAACAGCUCACACCAGCCAUGCUUCAUCAACAGAACAAGAGGCCACGUACACGCAUUACCGAUGACCAGCUCAGGGUUUUGCGACAGUACUUUGACAUCAAUAACUCCCCAAAUGAAGAACAAAUUAAAGAAAUGGCAGACAAGUCAGGGCUGCCACAAAAAGUUAUAAAGCACUGGUUCAGAAACACCCUCUUUAAAGAACGACAGCGCAAUAAAGACUCGCCCUACAACUUUAACAAUCCACCAACAACAACAUUAGAAGACACAAAAAUUGAUUCAAAACCCCCCUCACCUGAACCUCAGAAGCAAGAAAUGUAUGGAAGUAAGAGAUCAUCCCGGACAAGGUUUACAGACUAUCAGCUGAGAGUUCUGCAAGACUUCUUUGAUGCCAACGCUUACCCAAAAGAUGAUGAAUUUGAACAACUGUCCAACCUUCUGAGCCUCCCCACCCGUGUUAUUGUUGUGUGGUUCCAAAAUGCUCGCCAGAAAGCCAGAAAGAACUAUGAAAAUCAAGGUGAUGGAGGAAAAGACGGUGAAAGACGAGAACUGUCCAAUGACCGAUAUAUCCGCACAUCUAAUCUGAACUACCAGUGCAAGAAAUGUAGUCUGGUUUUUCAGCGGAUAUUUGAUUUAAUAAAACACCAAAAAAAGCUUUGUUACAAAGAUGAGGACGAGGAUGGGCAGUAUGACAGUCAAAAUGAAGAUUCGCUUGAUCUUUCCCAAGAUUGUUAUACCCCUUCAGGCUCUUCUUGUCACACCCCAAUGCCUUCGUCCUCAAGUCUGUGUCCACUUCCUCCUUCGACGUCAUCAUUCUCACACCUCUCAUCUACAGAAAAAGAAGAAGCAUCACCAGCAACCACCUCAAACCUUUAUGAUGAAAAGCCCAAGCAGUUACCUGAAAUCUGUGCUGAUCCAAGGGACACUCAAAUGUCUAUCAAACAGGAGAUUGUACACCAACCCCAGUCUGAGGCACAACUUCACAGAUCUCAAAGAGAAGAGAAAAUACAAAAUGUCUCUAAGUCCAUCAAGCAUUCAUCUCAGUCGUUUUCCCAGCAACAGCAGCAGUCUGGACCCUCAGCACCUCAGACAAGUCAGGCGUCAUCUCAAGGUGCUCACAUUAGUGUCAAUCCACACCUGACCACGGCUACACAACUGGCUCAAGCAAUGAUUCCUUACCAGUGUGAGCAGUGCAAGAUUGGUUUUCCAUCAUUUGAACACUGGCAGGAACACCAGCAGUUACAUUUUCUGUCUGUGCAAAAUCAAUUCAUCCAUCCUCAAUUCCUUGACCGUCCAAUUGACAUGUCUUUCAUGCUGUUUGAUCCCAGUAAUCCUCUUCUGGCAAGCCAACUUCUCCCUGGGGCAAUGCCGCAGAUAUCCAGCAGCUCUGCCACCUCUCCAUCUACCCCGACCUCGACCAUGAACUCACUGAAGAGGAAGCUAGAAGAAAAGGCUAGUACUAGCCCAGGAGAAAACGACAGCACCAACAGUGGGGAAGAGCCACAGAGAGACAAAAGGCUCAGAACCACCAUCACACCUGAGCAGCUUGAGAUUCUUUAUCAAAAGUAUUUGUUAGAUUCAAACCCCACUCGCAAAAUGCUUGACCAUAUUGCACAUGAGGUGGGAUUAAAAAAGAGAGUAGUUCAAGUCUGGUUUCAGAAUACCAGAGCUCGAGAGAGAAAAGGUCAGUUUAGAGCAGUAGGGCCAGCUCAAGCCCAUCGUAGGUGCCCUUUUUGUCGAGCUCUUUUUAAAGCCAAAACUGCCCUUGAAGCUCACAUUAGGUCCCGUCACUGGCAUGAAGCCAAGCGAGCUGGAUACAACCUAACUCUCACUGGUAUGUUACCUGAGCAGGAGAGUUUACAAAUGAAAAUGGAUGCCUUGGAGACAUCAAAUUACUCCCAAUUAGUCCCCACUACAAACAGUGAUGGACAAAGCUCUUCUAUGUCACCAGUCAACAAACAUGUGGAUCUAUCGCCCAGACAUCUACUAAGUCCUUCAUCCAUCAAAGUUGAAGGAAUGGAAGACUUUGAGAGUGCAGCAAUGUCCUCUGUUAAUCUCAGUUUUGAUCAGAGCAAACUGGAUAAUGAUGACUGUUCUUCUGUAAACACAGCCAUCACAGACACAACGACAGGUGAUGAGGCCAAUGCCGAUAACGACAGUGCUGAUCCGAAGCACAGCCAAAACAGUGGAGAUUACCUUUCAAAGUCUGGUGGGACAGCCCCCAGUCUUGAAAAUGAUGACCAGAUGUCUUCAGGGCUGGUAAGCCCAGCAACAAGCUAUUAUGCUAAGGACUAUGACAAUGAAAAUAUGAUUGACCACAGUGAAACAUCCAGCUUGGCUGAUCCUUGUUCUCCAAGUCCUGGAGCCUCAGGUACCAGGAGCAUUGAUAGUGGAGACAGGCCUGGCCAAAAGCGCUUCCGAACUCAGAUGACUAACCUUCAGCUGAAAGUUCUAAAGUCCUGUUUUAACGACUACAGGACACCCACUAUGCUGGAAUGUGAAGUACUUGGUAAUGAAAUCGGACUUCCAAAGAGAGUCGUUCAGGUGUGGUUUCAAAAUGCGCGUGCCAAGGAGAAGAAGGCGAAGCUCAACAUGGCCAAGCACUUUGGAAUAAAUCAGACCUCUUAUGAGGGUCCAAAGACCGAAUGCUCAUUGUGUGGUGUCAAGUACAGUGCUCGUCUGUCUGUUCGUGAUCACAUAUUCUCCCAGCAGCACAUCUCUAAGGUGAAGGAUACCAUCGGGAGCCAGAUCGAUAAAGAAAAAGAAUAUUUUGACCCAGCUACCGUUCGCCAACUCAUGGCUCAACAAGAAAUGGACCGCAUUAAGAAGGCCAAUGAAGUUUUAGGACUGGCACAACAACAGGCCAUGCAGCAACAGGGAAUGUUUGAUAACCCAGCAAUGCAGGCCCUGAAUCUGCAGUCAGCCUAUCCAAAUCUGCAAGGCAUUCCACCUGUCCUUUUGCCAGGGGUUGGCAGUCCCUCUCUUUCCAGCUUUAACUCGUCUAACUCAGCUUUAACUCCCCCCAAACCUCCAAACCUCCUGAACCUGCCUGGUGCCAGUGUUCCCUCACCAAGUCUGCCCACGUCUGGAUUGCCCAACAAGCCUCCACCUUCAUCAUCUCUUGCAGCAUCCAGCCCAGCCCCGACCAACUCAUCUGCUUCGCACUCAAGUCCAACUCCCACAUCCAACUCCACUUCCUCAACCACUUCAUCUGGCUUGCGGUCUGAGCCCCCCAAAGAACGUGAGCCAGAGAGAGGGGUAGAAAAGGAGAAGGGUAAGGAAAAGCCAGAGAAGCCCUCAACACCAAGCUCAGCUGGAAGCACUCCUGCCCCCUCCACUUCUGCUGCCAGUGCCAAAAAGGAGAAACCAGACACAGCUGUUCCUGCCACUUCUAUGCCCACACCGGGCAUGGAGUAUGUGGUUGACCCUGCCCAGCUUCAGGCUCUUCAGGCUGCUUUAGCAUCAGAUCCUACAGCUAUCCUUACAAACCAGUUUUUACCCUACUUCAUGCCUGGCUUUUCACCUUACUACACCCCACAAAUUCCCGGAGCUCUCCAAGGGGGCUAUCUGCAGCCGAUGUAUGGUAUGGAAAGUCUCUUUCCUUACAACCCAGCAUUGUCACAAGCACUGAUGGGCCUUUCCCCAGGAUCUUUACUGCAGCAUUACCAGCAAUAUCAGCAAAGCUUACAGGAGGCACUACAGCAGCAACAACGGCAGCUUCAGCAGAUCCAGCAACCCAAGACGGGCCAAACUCUAGUUCCCCCUCAAACCUCGGGGGAUCGUAAAGAUUCUGCCAAAGAUUCAGUUAAAAAAGAGGAGCAAAAGGGCAACCCAGAAAGUGAAACCUCCACAUCUUCCUCCUCAACUUCCUCCACCACCUCCCAUAAAAAGUUACCCUCUGAUCAGAGUGAGAUGGAUGGCAAAACUUUGGACUACCAUCUAGACCAGUACAUUGUCCCAAAGGUGCAGUAUAAACUGGCAUGCCGCAAGUGUCAAGCUGUUUUCACCAAGGAAGAGGCGGCUGUUACCCAUGUCAAAUCUAACUGUUUCUUUGGUCAGUCUGUGGCAAACCUGCAAGAGAUGUUGCUGCGUGUCCCCAGUGGUGUAGGUGUUGGGGCUGGAAGUCUGUAUGACUGCUUGGCUUGUGACACUACGUUGGAUGGGGAGAAAGCACUCAGUCAACACCUGGAAUCGGCAUUGCACAAACACAGAACAAUCAAAAGAUCAGUCAGAAAUGCCAAAGAGCACGCUACAAGUUUAUUACCUCACUCUUCAGCCUGCUUCCCCAAUCCUAACACCACAUCUACCUCGCAGUCUGCCACUCAUCCCAUCAGCAGCCCUCCCUCCCUGCCAACAUCCGCCACCAUGCCAUCCUCUGCUGUUUCCUCGUCCCUGUGUUCCUCUACGGCCCCGCUCAGCACCACAGCUGCUGGUAAAUCCUGGUCCCAGGCCUCUUUCUCCAGAGCUCUAGCUGGGAAGUCCAACGCUAGCCCUUUGUCCUUCUCUUUUCCGCCAGUGUCCUCACCUUCAACGGUUACCUCAAGUUCAUUGAGCACCUCAGGAGUUCAGACCUCGAUACCAACAGACAACUUUACCGACGAGUCUGACUCUGACUGCAGUCAGAAGUCAGCAGACAGGCUGGGCAUGACGGCAGAGGAGCCACAACAGCCUGGUUUUGUCAAAGACAGUAACAGUUGUAGUAGUAACCUUGCUAGUGUAGGAACAGACUCCAUCAGAUUGUAAAAGAGCUUUCAAUGAUGAACAAUAUUUAAAAAACACUAUAAAAUGACAAAAAAAAUGACAAAUGGAGAAAAAAACAUAAAAAGCAGCAAUGUUAAAAGUACAUUAAAAGUAUACAAACCAAUUUCAGAAAAAAAAGAUGUGUAAAGACUAACUGCAAUUCCAAAGCUUGUAACCAAAAAUUUUAAUGUUAGUGGAUUGUUUUCCCAUAUCAACAUGCUGGUUUUCAUUUGGUUUUUGUUCUGUUUUGUUCUGUUUUUAUUCAACUGAGAGACAUGUAUACUAAUAUGUAAGAACAGACAAGGUCAAACUGGUGGAGGAUUGAUGUACUGUAUGGGAAUGGACUGCCUCAAAGCUGAAAAAUGGCUCAAAAAACAUUUUGAAAAAAUGUGAGUCAACAAGCUGUCCCUUUGUUUCCUAAUAAUUUCUACUUAAUAGCACAGUCACUAAAAGCCAGUAUGUACUGUAUGGGAGAAUAGUCUAUCAAUUUUCUUGCUAUUUAAGCAUUCAGAUACCAAUGGCUUGCAAAGGUAGAAGAAUAAUGUAAUGUCUAUUUAAUUCUCAGGUCAACAGCUCGCAGACAUUUUUCUUUUACAGAAAUUCACGUUUUGUUUUCAAAUUUUUUUUUUGCAAAUCUUUUUGACUUGAUUUAAUAACAGAAAGCUUUAAAGUUCAAUUCAAUUUUAAAAAGGCUAUGUUACUGGGCAUUCAAAAGGGUGAACAAUUUGCUGGUUUUAGCACUAAAAACAUUUUUCUCGUGGGGAAAUAAAGAUCUGGUUCCCGGUUAUAUCCAGACAAGGGAGAGCAUUGCAGACUGACAACAGGCGAUUCACAAGAUUUUGAUAUGAAAAAAAAAAAUCUGCCCUCUGUAUUUAUAAUAGAUAUGAGCAUUUUUGAUGUUAAGUAGGUUGUUACAUUGGAAAUGAAUUUAAGCAGUAUGUAGGAUGGCAAAAAAGUGUACAUUUAGCUUUUGUAUUGUCCAGUUCUAUGACACUUCAUUUGAUGUUGUCUUGGUCAUUCCGACAGUCUUGAUUAUGAAGCGGUAAUUUAUCUACUUUAUUUCUGUCUUAUUCGUAAAUUUGUGAAAAUAUUCACCCAGUUCCACCUCCUAAUUAAUUCUUUAAAAGAAUUAUUUAAAACUUUUGGUAUGGCUGAUAUUAUUUUAUUUUUGUUUAGGUCAAGCCAAAACAAAAAGUUCCUGGGUGAAAUAUUGAGAGUUUGACUUUAUUUAAAUUUUUUUGUUACCUUUGUGCACUUAUAUCUAUCUGACUCUAUUUUGUCGUCACUCUUUUUGUUUCUCUUCACGCACUUAUUUUUCUCAGCUCUCCUGUGUUUGGAGACCUGUGUAAAACACAAGCAGGUCUCUUUCAUGCAGGAAGCGUACAAUCUUUAUUUUCAUUUUGACCUUUUUUUGUCAUACAUGAAAAUGAAAAAGAAUACUAAUAAUAAUUCUCACGCUUUAAGACAAAAGAAAAUCCAAAGACUAAACACUUUCACCAUUGGUGCAUAAAGAUGAGAAAAGAGGCUUCUUUAUACUUGAGAAUUUGUUGCUGUUUUUAGACGAAAGGAAACAAAGUUGUUAAAGAGAAAGAACGCAUUAGAGUUGCCGUUUCUGCUUCUUUGCAAGCAAACAGGUGGCUUUUUUACGUAAACCAAAAACCAAAAAGGGCCCUUGUCCUUGCAUUGUGGAGUAGCACCGUUACAGAGCCAUUGCAGUUUGUAAAAUAGAGGUUAUUAAUCUUUGUUUGACUUUUGUCACACUUUAGUGUCCAUCAUUUUUUUUUAAGAAAAUGUAUAAGGUCUGGUCUUCAAGGACAUACAUUUUGCUGCUAAUGUAGAAUUAAAAAUAAAAAAGGAAACAUAGUUGCAUGCUCAUUUUGCUUUUGGCUAAGCUUUAACUAAAACAAACAAUAAACCAAUUUCUUGCCUCUGCAACACCUUUUUUUUCUUGUUGCAAAAACGGAACUUUGAAGACUGUGAAUAUAUGUUCCAAAGGACAUUUUGCUGAUUUUCUUUUGAACAGACCAAUGUUUAAAGCCAAUGAUCUAUAAUAUUUGUAAAAAAAAAAAAAAUAACUGCAUUCCAAAUAUCACUAUGAAUUUUUUCUUAAGCAAGGACUGAUUUUAUUUGACUGCUUUUAAUUGUCACAAUCUAUUAUUUUCUUAUUAUUUUAGGUGACUGUAAACUGUUGUGUAAUAUUUUUUUUUUUGCAUCGUUUGCUGAACAAAGUGACCUCUAUAUGUCAUUUUGUUCUGGCUUUGAGCUUUGCUAAAAAUCCCUCCAUCCAGUCAAGGUUGUUGCUCACUUGUUAAGCAAGUAACAGUUGUUACCAAAAAAUGUAUAUAAUACAUCUGGUACUGACACAUCUCAUGGGUUUGGUGACGUUUAUGCCAGUUAACCAACAAAUAGUCUCAGAGAGAAUAAAUGGUUGUUUUGCUGAGGUGGUGUCAUGCCCUUUACUGGGAGGUCUGCCAGUGACUUGUCACAUGUGUCUGCAGGGUGCCGCUUCCACAUGUAGAUGACUAGUUUUUUUCAUUGUUAUCUUCAUUCCAAAGCAUUAUUUAUUAAAGAAAAGCAUUUUUUUUCUUGGUUUAAAAGAUGUCUCUUGUUUCCAACAGCAUGCUUUCGUAUCCAAAGAAGUCUUCUACUUCAUCAUGCUGCCAUGAAAAUGUUCUCUCCCUAAUCAAAAUCAAGAAAUCUUUAAAUUUGUAAAGAAAAAAAAAAUCGUUUAAUCCCGAUGUAGUAAAUAUAUUUGCCCUAAUAAUUAUGAGGCACAAACUGUCCAAAAAUAUAAACAUGUUACUUCUUAUAGGAAAGUGUGAUUUGGUGUUAAAUCCAAAAUUUACUCUUAAAAGUCAGUAGAUCUUGUCUGCAUCUUAGUAAUUCUGAUGUACAAGUCCCCUAAAUACUGCCUGUGUACUUUUUAGUUUAUGGAAUUAUAAAGUUAUGAUUUCUCUUUUUUUAUUGCAUUUUCUCAGUCGUCAACUAACGUUGAACCUGUGUUGCUUCUUUGCAUUAAAGCCUUUUGUAUGUUUUUAAAAUCAUAAAUUGACACUAGCUUUAAUUUAAUUUGUUCAAGCUCCAACUCAAGAGCAAAAAGAAAAGAGGGUUAUUUUUAAUUAUUAUUAUUAUGUUGUUUACCCAGAUUUUCUGUCUUAUGUUUAAUCAGAGCCAGCAUCAAUUCAUUUUUGUUACCCACAAAACUGGGUUAACUUUAUGAAAAACAUGAAAUUAAUUAUCCCUAAUGAAAAUAAUGACCCUUGAGCGCUGAGCAGUUUAGAAUCUAAAGAUGUGAACGCGACUUAAGCUUUACACAAAAAGACAAAGAUUUAUGCCCCACAUAAAUUGAUGAAUUUAAAUGUGGCAUACGGUGGUUUUGUGGAUGUUUACAUCCCCCGUUUUACAUUGGGAUACUUGACUUUAUUAGACAUUUAGAAGAGGGAGUGUAAAUGACAAGUGUUGCUGUAAAGGUCAUCUUCUGCCCACUGUGAGACGAACGCAUACCUGUACACAAUUAUAGAUAUAUUUAAAAGCAAGACAUCUUUUUUUUAUUUGUUUUGUGUGUGUAUGUAUGUGUCAUUGAUAUGAGGAAAGAAUGAAAAUAAUUUUAAAAAAGAAAAAAAAAAAAAACUCUGGAAAGCUUUGAGAUUUUGUGAGGAGAAUGCCACAGGCUGUGGGCACACCAAAACGGCACGGGUGCCGGGAGCAGGCUCAAAACAGCUUUAAAACCCACCUCCUUAUAUAAUAACUGACAACUCCAUAAUGGAAAUGGACUCUGGAACCAAUGGACAUGUGUGACAAGCAGAGGAAAGUUGUUAGAGAAAACGGAACUUAAGUGGCUCCAGCUGCCUCUUUCUCCUAUAUGUUUUUUUUUUUUUUUUCUCCAGCUCUGCCUUAGCGUCUUUUCUUUGAUGGACAUUUUCCAAAUUUGAGGACCGGAUGGACAGAGAUGUGUGCUUCAUUUCUUUCUUUUCAUGUUGUUACCACUUCAUUUCCUUAAGCUUCUCUUUGGUUAACAAGUGUAUUUCUCCAGUCAAAUAGCAGCUCACCUUUCUCUGUGUUGGCCACAUGAUCUAGAUAGAGAUUAAUAACAUGGAGAAAGGAUGGAUUCUCAUUGCUGUUGUUCUUUAGGAGGCAGUCACUCUAAAAAAAAAGCGUAUUAACCAAAAUUACCAACCAAACUAACAACCAAACAAACAUUUGCUCCAACUUCAAAGAUGAACUGUUACUUGGAGCACUCUGUUCCUUUUGUGACUUCUGGUGCCACAAGGUUUUAUUUUUAUGCUAUGGUUUUUGUUUUCUUGAAUUACUCCUUUGAGCCUCAUAAGCAUGGCUCUGUGGCUCCAGGCAGCCCAUCUGAGGGUAGAAAAAACAGCCUUGCAAUGUACAAAAAAGAGCAAGUUAAACCAAAAAUGUUGUUCUUGAUGUCUUUUCUAUACUGUAGUCUUGUUAGCUUUUUUGUUACUGUAAUUAUAUGAAGAUUUCCAAACUGUACCAAAUUACAUGGAAACUAACAUACAUACAACCACAUGGAACUUCAGACUUUUAAAGAAACUUUUGUCACAAAAACCUUGUUGUCCUAGUUAAGUUGAUUGUAGAUGGUAAUUGAAUAUACUCCUUUGAAAAUAUUUCAUCAAGUAUGUUUCUUGCUCAUUGUGAUACAUUAAAAAAAGUAUGAGCAUACGCUGCACUGGUUUGGACUACUUCUUGACUGUUGUGAUGCUUGAGAUUUUUUUUUUUAAACAGAGUCAAACCUAUUCACGAUGACAUAAGAGCUCAAACAGCUUUCUCUUCUACAGGUUUGGACAUUUUUUUAUACUCCAGGAACAUGUUUAGUUAUGAUUUUAUUCUUUGUUCUCAUUUGUUCACACAACAGUAAAUGUGCACUGCAGAUUAUUUCUUUACGUCACCAAGUAAUUUUAAGACGUACGUUUUGCUCUGAAAGUUCAAUAAUUUAAGAAGAAAUUCCCCUUCUUGAGCUAUCGUCUUGAAACAGGUAUGGUGGCUGCUAAAGGACAUAGCACAUACGAGGGACAAUGGGAAAGCAUAAAGGAAAAUGCAUUCUGCAAGUAAGAUUAAUAACCUGCAUGGUGGUCAGUGGGGUCAUUAUUAAAAGGAGAAUCACAGAUUUAAUAAGUGUGGGAGGCUUUCUGUGUAGACUUUGCAUGUUCUUUCUGUUCUGAAGAUUUUUAUUCAGGGACUCUGUUUUCUCAUCACAAUCCAUGAAACAUGCAGGAUUAAGCAGGUAGAGAUGAAGAUAAUUAAUAUAUCACCGUGGCAACGAGUUGGGCAUUGUUCAGUGAUCUUAAAAAAAAAAAA